AUGGCUUUCCACUCCCACGGCAGCCGCUGCUGCAACCCCGUCAUGGGCAUCUGCGUCAGCCCGCCCAACAUGUUUUGCAUCAUGAGCGGCGGCAUCGUGGCCGACGACGAGUCGGCCGAUGCCGCCACGCCUCCCCCGAUCCAGCUCGACCAAGACAUCGAGCAGCAGGGCAGCAGCAGCAGCAGCAACGGCACGUCCUGCGGGCCCAACGUCUGCCGCGGCGACGAGACGUGCUGCAACCCCGGCUGCGGCUACUGCACCAAGCCCGGCCAGGGCUGCACCAAGGAGUUUUGCGCCCCCGGCUCGGGUCCCCAGUGCGGCAAGAAGGCGUUUUGCCCGUUCGGCUGGGAGUGCUGCAACGAAAGCUGCGGGACCUGCGUCCGUCCCGGUGGUGUCUGCACGAUGCAGUUUUGCAUCGAGUGA